GGUCGGUGUCCGCGGGGAGGGGGAUGACCCUCCAGCUCCGCGCGUUGGGUGCAGGGCCGCGCUGACCCGGCCGCGGGGCGGCAUCCGCAGCCCGAGCGCUCCGCUGCUGUUCCGGCCAGUGGGUUACCCAGGCUCGUUCCGGCCUGUUUUCCUCCUGUUCAGGUCGUCGCAUGCUGCUGCCUGGCACGGCGCUGCUUCGCCGGCCUCUCCACCGCAUCCGUGCUUUGGGCCGCCUGCCCGCCCGCGCCCUCAUGGACCUCAGGGAGCUCGUUUCUGCCCUGAAUGACUUCGCACCCCUCUCUCUGGCGGAAAGCUGGGACAAUGUGGGGUUGCUGGUGGAACCAAGUCCUCCCCACACUGUGAACACCCUUUUCCUUACUAACGAUCUCACUGAGGAGGUGAUGGAAGAGGCGGUGCAAAAGAAGGCAGACCUCAUUCUUUCUUACCACCCUCCUAUAUUCACGCCGCUCAAGCGAGUAACGUGGAAGACCUGGAAGGAACGGCUGGUGGUCCGAGCCCUGGAGCACAGAAUCGGGAUUUACUCUCCACAUACAGCGUACGAUGCCAUACCUCACGGAGUUAAUAACUGGCUGACAAAGGGACUCGGUGCCUGUACUUCAGUCCCACUGCAUCCAUCAACUGCACCAAGCUGUCCAACUGAGGGCACUCACCGGGUAGAAUUCUGCACAGACACUGAGCAUCUGGAUGUAGUGCUGUCCAAAAUCAAAGACAUCCAAGAGAUCUCUUGUCUCACUACUUUCCCAGCCAGGGUUGAAGGUGAGGAGCAAACACGAGUCACUUUGAACUGCUCUCAGAAAGCACUGUUGGAGGUGGUGGUGUUAUUGUCCCAGAACAGCCUUCUUUAUCACAAGACGGAGAUUCUCUUGCUACAAAAGCCUCUUCUUCCCCACACUGGAAUGGGACGUCUGUGCACACUGAGUGAGCCAGUUUCCUUGUCAGACAUAAUCGAGCGCAUCAAAAGCCACCUAAAAUUGCCUCACAUCCGCAUAGCCGUGGGAAUGGGCAGGACACUAGAAUCGCCAGUGAAGAAAGCUGCUCUGUGUGCUGGUUCUGGGAGCAGUGUCCUGAAGGGAACAGAAGCUGACAUCUACCUCACAGGAGAGAUGUCCCACCAUGACGUUCUGGAUGCAGUUGCCAAUGGGAUAAGUGUUAUUCUGUGUGAGCACAGUAACACUGAGCGAGGCUUCUUGUCAGAGCUGCGUGACGUGCUAGCGACCCACCUACAGAACAAAAUCAGCAUCAUUGUGUCUGAGAAAGACAGAGAUCCUCUCCAGGUGGCAUAGGGGAAAAAACAUAGGAGAGAGAGAGAAUUCAUUCAAUCAUGGUAUCUUGCACAGACCUGUCCAGCUGCAAGCUUAAUGGAGGUGUUUUCAAUUGGUUCAGUACAGAAUGAUUGUAUUGUACAGUCCCUCAAAGUUUGGAGUAUAUUUUGUCAUGUCAGAAAAAUAAAUACUUGUUUUGCUUACUCACUUA